AUGGGUAUAAUCACUGGAGUCUGCGCUUUCUUAUACCACCUGCCCCAGAUUUACAAAUGGCUGCUGAAACCGUAUUACAUCACCUCCUUCUUCAUGACGAUCGCAUUCUUGGUUGUCCGAAAGGCUCCUGGUUUGUGCGAGCACCUGGCGACGCAGCGUGAGGACGGCAACUCCUGCGACUUUGACUGGGUGAGCACCGAGAGGCCGGAUCGUAUAACGCAGAGAGAAGUGGAGAUUCUCAUGUUCCUCAGUGCCAUAGUGAUGAUGAAAAACAGACGAGCAAUUACCUUGGAGCAGCACAUUGGAAACUUGUUCCUGUUCAGCAAAGUGGCCAACACAAUCCUCUUUUUCCGGCUGGACAUUCGCCUUGGCAUCCUCUACCUCGCGCUGUGUGUCGCAUUUGUCAUGACAUGCAAGCCGCCUCUAUACGUGGGCCCCGAGUACAUCAAGUACUUCAGUGACAAGACCAUUGAUGAUGAGCUACAGAAAGACAGUCGUGUCACCUGGAUUGUUGAAUUCUAUGCUAACUGGUCUUCUGACUGCCAGUCCUUUGCUCCGGUCUAUGCUGACCUUUCGCUCAAGUACAACUGCACUGGGCUGAGGUUUGGAAAAGUGGAUAUUGGACGUUACGGAGAGGUUUCACAAAGGUACAAAGUGAGCACAUCCCCUCUGUCCAAGCAGCUACCUUCACUGGUGCUAUUCCAAGGUGGCCAAGAAAUUAUGAGGCGUCCAGCAGUAGACAGUAAAGGCAGAGCUAUUUCGUGGACUUUCAAUGAGGAGAACAUCAUCAGAGAGUUUGAUCUCAAUGAGCGCUUCCAGAAGUCCAAGAAGCUGAACAAGAGUCGUGGUUCGAAGGAAGAAGACCAGCGCAACUCCCAACAAGAGGGGGUGAAGCCUGAUUUAGUAACUGGAGAAAAGGAGAAAAGCUCCGAGAGCAAGAAAGACAAGUGAACACUGAGAAGUGUGGUUCACCAAUCUACUGUACGUUUUGUUUUUCUAAUGAUGACCUGCCUUCCAGUAUUUUUUUAAACAGAAAAAACGCUAAUAAGAUACAAUGUAGACUGCUUUAGAAAUUGUGAAAAGAGUGCAUCCGUGCACUGGUCCGUUUUUGAAGUGGAUGGCCUAAUUGUGAACAUGCAGGAUGUGAUGAAAUGAUCAAGGGAAAUUUUGUCAACUUAUUUAAAUAACUUUUUUGUUUUGUAUUUAAUGUUUGUUGGCUGCGUAACAUCUCGCUACUCUGUACAGUUGUGGAACUUGUGUUUACUAAUGUCCCAUCUUUCAAAAACAUUAAAAAUAUUCAUAGUUAAGUUCCAUCACA